AAACUCCUCCCGAAAUAUUUUUUUUGGCUACGCUACUGUUCCGAUGCGAACAAAGUCAAUUAUAGAUGGUAGCUGUCAAAAUACACAACUUCUAUAAACCUUGAUCACUAUAUUCGAACUGAACUUCUGCCAGAAAGCCCCACAGCAGUCCUUUCAGUGGACGGCGUGGAUAGAAUCACGGAUAGACGGUAGUAAUUGUGUAACAGCCGUCAGCGCCAUCUCUAGUGAAUCUUGUGCAAAUAAACAAACCUACCCAACCAGUACCCAAAGCGUCCACUCGCAGUCGCUGUAGUCAAACGGCAUAUUGCACAAUUUCAAAUGCCGCAGGACAAUCAAAGCGAAAGCAGCGGUGCUCAACACUGUAACCUGACGGGGGCGUUUUCGUGUUCUACGUGAGCACACACACGUUCUGAAGCGCUUUUCUCACGGCACCAAACUUUCACCCAGCAUUUCAAGGGCCACGGAUGUGGAUUGGGAAGAACUCACCGCAGACGACGAAGACCGCACCAUGAUGUCUGAAUUCUCCAAGAAUCUACGCGUGCUGGUCGACAAGGCUUUGGGGCAAUAUGAGAACCUCAAGGAGAGUGAACUUUACAAGGUCUACUUCAAAGAAGACCCGGUGCUGGCCGCAUGCUUCGCUGUUUGUCUAGGAAUAAUCUGCGUCCCGGUGCUCACGUUUGUGACGUUCAUGCUGGUUGUUGGCUUGCUAACAUUCCUGGGAUUCCUUUUCGUUGAAGGAACUCUGAUCGUCAUUACAGUUAUCGUGGCCAUCUGUAUUUUCCACUUUGUUGGAAUCUUUGUGGUCAGCGCUGGAUCCUGCGUCUACAUUUUUUACCGCAUCCUGGUCAUGCUGAACCUCAUAUCCUUUGUUCGGGGACACGGUGGACAGGGUGCCGGGUCUGGAGCAACUGGAACCAAACAAGAAUAAGAUGCAGAAAGAAAAAAAACUACACACCCAUCUGUGAUACCUAUUAUGUUUUGUAAGAAGACAAAGCAUUAGCAAUUAUCAGCAUGUUCUACUUUUUUUUUUUUUUUAAGGCACACGCGAUUUUUAUAUAUUUGCACAGUUUGUUACAAAUCUCUAUAUGUAUACAUUUAAGCAUUCCACUAUUGACCACUCGUGGUACCUUGUAUGACAAGCUCCAGCAAUGCACUUUACUUGUCUGUGGAGAAAAAUUUGGAGAAAAUAAAACGGUGGUAAAGCUUUU